UCUGUGCCACACCCUCAAAAAGUGCCACAUUCUCUCUCUUUCUUUCUCUCAACACUUCACACUUCACACACACAUUCUUUUCUAAUUUCUUCUUCCUUUUAGGGUUUCUCUUCUCUCUCAUAUUCAAACCAGAGAUUCAGAUUCUCACCUCCAUUUUCGUUUCUACUUUUUCACUCAAAACUCCUUCCUGAGUCAACUCGUUCGCCCUCUCCCACCACAACCUUCACCAUCCUUAUUUUUUCGUCGAACCAGUUUUUCAUCGUCGUGAAAAGCCCUUUCUCUGCUCAUUCCCUUCUGUUUUUGGCUCCUCUUCUACCUCAUUCACUCAACCUCAACCAAACCGUUUUUGAAACGCAAGGUUUUUCGUUUUUCGUAUCUUCUGUCCGAAAACAGAUACACAGGUUUUCGAUGAUUCCGAGGUAAACUUGAGAGAGGGAGGAAAAGGUAGAAGAAUAAGAAGAUCUGGAAGCGGUUACCACACGGAAAUGGAAGGUUCUAGAAUGGAGAAUUUAGUCAGAGCUGAGAAAUCGCUGAGGCUCAGCUUAGAGAAAUCGAAGUCGGUGGGGUUGGCUUUGGAGAGAGCGGGGCCGAGGUUGGCAGAAAUCAGGCAGCGGCUACCGUCGUUGGGAUCGGCGGUGCGGCCGAUUCGCGCUGAGAGGGAUGCUCUGGUGGCCGUCGGCGGACACAUCAAUCGUGCCGUGGGCCCCGCCGCGGCGGUGCUCAAGGUUUUUGACGCCGUCCAUGGACUGGAGAAGUCGCUGCUGUCGGAUCCCCGGAGCGACAUCGCCGGGUACUUGUCGGUGCUGAAACGUCUCCAGGAGGCGCUGAGGUUCCUGGGGGACAAUUGCGGGUUGGCUAUACAGUGGUUGGAAGACAUAGUUGAGUAUUUGGAGGACAAUUCCGUUGCUGAUCAGGUUUAUCUGGCGAAUUUGAAGAAGGAAUUGAAGAAUCUUCGGGAAUCGCAGCACGGGGAACUCGAUGGUGGGUUGUUGGAUGCUGCAUUGCGCAAGUUGGAGGAUGAAUUCAGGUUGCUGUUGACUGAGAAUAGCGUGCCAUUGCCUAUGUCGGCGGCGGCUGCGGGUGAUGGUAUGGCAUGCAUUGCGCCGUCGCCGCUGCCUGUAUCGGUUGUGCAGAAGCUGCAGGCGAUUCUGGGGCGGUUGAUGGCUAAUGACAGGCUGGAUAGGUGUGUGGGGAUUUAUGUUGAGGUUAGGAGUUCCAAUGUUAGGGCAAGUUUGCAGGCGCUGAAUUUGGAUUACCUUGAGAUUUCUGUGUCGGAGUUCAAUGAUGUGCAAAGCAUUGAGGGGUAUAUAGCUCAGUGGGGGAAGCAUUUGGAGUUUGCGGUGAAGCAUUUGUUCGAGGCUGAGUAUAAGCUUUGCAAUGAUGUGUUUGAGAGGAUUGGAUUGGAUGUGUGGAUGGGUUGUUUUUCGAAGAUAGCUGCGCAAGCGGGUAUACUGGCGUUUCUUCAGUUUGGGAAGACAGUUACUGAGAGUAAGAAGGACCCCAUCAAGCUUUUGAAGUUGUUGGAUAUUUUCGCGUCGUUGAGCAAGUUGAGAUUGGAUUUCAACCGGCUUUUUGGCGGUGGGCCAUGUGUUGAGAUACAGAAUUUGACUAGGGAUCUUAUUAAGAGGGUGAUUGAUGGGGCUGCAGAGAUUUUCUGGGAGCUUUUUGUUCAGGUGGAGUUGCAGAGACCGAAUCCACCACCAGUGGAUGGCAAUGUGCCGAGAUUGGUGAGCUUUAUCACUGAUUACUGUAACAAGCUCCUUGGGGACGACUAUAAGCCGAUACUGACUCAGGUUCUGAUCAUUCACAGAAGUUGGAAGCGCCAAAGCUUUCAGGAGAGACUCCUUGUUACUGAGAUUUUGAACAUUGUGAAGGCUGUUGAGCAGAAUGUAGAGACUUGGAUCAAGGCUUAUGAUGAUCCUAUACUGUCCCACUUUUUUGCUAUGAACAAUCACUGGCAUCUGUGCAAGCAUUUGAAAGGGACAAAGCUUGGGGAACUCUUGGGGGAUUCCUGGCUGAGGGAGCACGAACAGUAUAAGGAGUAUUACUCCACAAUCUUUUUGAGGGACAGCUGGGGAAAGCUUCCUGGACAUCUGAGUAGGGAAGGGUUGAUUCUUUUCUCUGGAGGGCGCGCCACUGCCCGUGACCUGGUUAAGAAAAGGUUGAAGAAGUUCAAUGAAGUUUUUGAUGAGAUGUAUACUAAGCAGUCAAGUUGGAUAAUGCCAGAACGGGAUCUGAGGGAGAAAACAUGUCAGCUUAUAGUGCAAGCUGUGGUGCCUGUAUACCGCAGUUACAUGCAGAAUUAUGGUCCUUUGGUGGAGCAAGAUGCUAGCUCCACAAAAUAUGCAAAGUACACCGUUCAGAAGCUUGAGGAAAUGCUCUUGUGUCUUUAUCGGCCAAGGCCUGUAAGACAUGGCAGCUUGAGAAGUCCAACAUUUAGUGCAAAAUAUGGCAAUGGAGUACCUGAUCUUCGCAGAACAGCAUCUGCAGUUGUGUAAUCUGUUAGUCAAUGUGUUUCUAUAGACGAACAACAGGGAUGGUAUUUUCCCCUCAUCAGCUGGAUGGCUACUGUAUAUAAUUUUCCUCUGGGCCUUGCGGUGCAUAAUGUAGGCUUUUCUUAGUUUCUGAGAAGGAAGUUCCUGAGCACUGCCCUUUGAAUGUCUGAUGUAUUUCAUGAAAAUGAAGUUUAGUUUCUCUUCUCAGAUGCAAAAACCGGUCAUAUCUCCCGUGCUCAGAGGUUUCUGCAAAAGCUAGGCCAUCUGUAAAACAGUAAGUUAUGAGCUUAAAUGAAUAAGUAUGGACGUUGGUUAUGAGGCUUUUUUGGUCACUGUCAUCUGAAGUAAUUUAUUCAAUCUUUAUCUUCAUAUAUUAAGUCGUUUGUAGCUGCAGGGUCAUUUUAUUUUGAAAAUUUUAUGUACAAUUUUUAGUAUACAAGGACUGAGAAGUUUAGAUGAACAGAAUAUUAGUCAUAUUUAGUCAUCAGUAUUGAGGGGGGGUUAGGGUGGGGGCGGUGAAGUUGUUAAUUGUAAAUGCAGAAACCCUUGUGAGUUGCCUGUUUCAUGUACUUUUUCAAGGAUGCCUCCAAAAUAAGACGUAUUUUUGCAAUGAAUUCAUUGGAAGGGCAAGGAUAAUGUUUCUGCACUGAUUUUGAUUUUUACCGUUAAGUUCCUUUCCUCUGUACUAGUUCUGUUUAUUAUAACGCUACAUUUUCUUCUUGA